AUGUCUCCCGUGCCUAGAACACCUUCGCCCGAGCCACAAUGCUCGUCUGGCUCGUCUGAUGGGUUCCCUUCUCUGCCUCGUACGACUCCACGUCGGGGCUCGACUCCUGAUAUCGCUCACGGACUCGACGAUGAAGACAACGUCAAAUUGACUUCACCCUCGGGCCAUGAUCUAUUGGAAAAGCAUUACCAAAUGCCUAAGAUGCCCACCUGGCCGUCGCCCUUUGACUCUCCUACAUCAGACAGGAUGAGCUCAUCGGCUUCCAAAGAUCCCUAUGAGCGACGGAAUAUCAUGAACUUUGUACGCAUGACAGAGCACCGACCAGACUGGCGCCUUUCAGCAUGGGGCACACCAUCUCGCUCCUCCAGCAAAAAGGAGGGUCGGGCAAAGCAGUCUUACUCCGGAGGUACGUUCGUCGGCAACGGCGAUGACCCUCGACGGAUAUUGCCUUUCGAAAAGGAUCCUGUCCGACGGUUCCUUGCUGCAGAGUUCCAUCGAAUGGCAGAUAGUCCACCUAGCCAAAAAAACGUCACCAAUACCAAAUCACCUGCAACACCUCAAUCCCGAAAUCAGACGCCAAAUUCUCGUAAGAGAGGCGCCACCACAGUUGAGAAUCAAGACAAAGAUCUCGACGCGAUUAGGGAGAGCGGUGACGAGGAUUGGAUAGACACCAAGCUAGUCCCUGGCAUGGCCGAAUUCGAGCUUUCUCGCAGAAGCCCAACCCCAAGAGGACGGCCUUCAAAGCGAGCAAAGCACGCCGAGGCAGGCUCAGACUACGAGGGCAUUACCGACUGUCCUCAAACCAGUCAUUAG